GUUGUUGACUGUGAUUAAAAGGUGGCUAUGGAAGGAUUUGUUGCGAAAAUUGUCAACAUGAUGAAGUCAGAGAGGCUGUUUGAACCUCAAGGUGGACCUAUUAUUAUGAGUCAGAUUGAAAACGAGUAUGGACCGGUGGAGUGGGAAAUUGGUGCUCCAGGUAAAGCGUAUACAAAAUGGUUUACACAAAUGGCUGUAGGUCUCAAAACUGGUGUUCCUUGGAUCAUGUGCAAACAAGAGGAUGCCCCCGAUCCCAUGAUGCCACGGAGGAGGAGAACCGCAAAUACUAGUGUUGAUGCAGCAAGAGUGUCUGAUGCGAUUGCACAUUGAAAUUUGACUUUCAUGGAGAAAGAAUCUUCAGUAAGAAGGCCUACGAACACUAGAAAGAGGGUGCGUGCAUUUAGUGAGGAGCAGGAGCAGAAAAUCAAAGAUUUGUUCGAGCAGCGAGUUCCCUAGCCUAUGGUUACUAGGCCAGGUUUCAUUCUAUUGAAAAUGCUGAAACACAUUAGAGAAAGAAAUGUGAUAUUGGCAGUGUUAUGUAAACUCAAUUAUUGAUAAAUUUAUUAUUGAUAUUU